GGGGGCGUAACGGACGUCUAGACCAGUUAGCAUCAGAGCAUCCCAAUUACACGCUAUACCUGAAGAGUGAGAGAUUUUGCCAGCACAUUCCUUUUGAGGCCACCAAAAGUAGACAACUACAAUAGCCCCCACGUAGGCCGGCGCAGUCGUGGGAGUCACCAAUUCUGCCCUAGCCACCGGGAUGCGCUCUUUGUCUAACUCGCAGCUGCAGCUGCAGCUUACUCGCACUUGCAGCGUCUAAUUUCUUUUCCAGAGCCUAUGUGAGCUGUUGCAUUUCCUGCAUGCGGAACAGAAUUGAAUCAUGCACAUGCGACCUGCUGCAUACGCCGAUCCCGGUAACGCAUGCGAGGUAAAUUCUGACUAGCGGCUGCAGAUGCGUCUGGUAAGCUUGAAGUCUGCCAUCAGACAUGAAUACUGAUAUAUAUAUAGCCAUCGCUUCGCUCAUGAAGAGUUGACGGAGUUGUCUGAUCCAGUAUUCUGUUAUGUUGCACCAACCAUCGCCCCAACUGCUUCAAUUAUACACCAAUGUCUCAUGGCACCUUCUCUGCCCUAACUCGGCGUACCCCCACAGCCUCUCGCCGGUGUACGGCAAGCUCAUCGGAAAGCUCUUGCACAACUCACAGGUCUCCAACCAGGUCUUGUUAACGUCCCUUUUCUACUUGUCCAAGAUGGCUAGUCUGGCGCACCGCGCCACUAUCAAGAACUUUCAGCUCACGUACACCCGCGUGGUGGCAAGCUUGAUGCUCGCCAACAAGUUCUUGGACGACCAGUCCUACACCACCAAAAGCUGGGCGCAGAUCUCCGGUGUGCCUGUGCAGAAGUUGAUUCAGCUGGAAAAGAUGGCUCUUGCGAAGAUGGACUACCAGGUAAAUGUCAGCGUCGCCCAAUGGACCAAAUGGGUCUCUUACGUCAAAGACACGGUCGUGUUUUUGGCGUUGAAGGUGGACGUUGACAGUUUGAUCGCCACGCCAAAGGUUUGUCCUGUCUCUCCGGUACAUCCUGCCACACCUUUCUACGCCAAACCCGCGCCUUGCAUCACGCCGUGCCACAACGUGAAUGUCUACCCAAUGACUCCAAGUUCUCCACAUAUCACCCCGGUAUCGGGCAUCUCUCACAAACGACACAUUUCAGAGGACGCCUUCUCUGUUCCACACUUUAAGAGGGUUCACUAUACACAGUUUGCUCCAUACGUUCCUCAACAACUCACUCCAUACGUUGCCCAGACAGUUACCCCAUUUGUCCCGGUAACGGUUGCUCCGCUUCCGAUCUACUACGGCCAAGUCUACACUCCUCCUAUGUAUGUCCAGCAAAGCUACCCAAUGUCGUACUAUGUGCCUCCGGUGCUGUACCCGUUGCCUUACUACGAACCGUACUCCAACGCUUGCUAUUAACUUAUUCACGACCUUAUGCCUCUUACGACAUUUCUGCAUUAUUUUUUCGAUU